CAAAGUUAAGUUGAUAAGGGUGUAACCCUCAUCCAUUGGAAACUCUUUCCCACAUUUCAAUCUUGUACUAUGAACAACAUCACUACAAGAAGAACAAAUUCCAAGCAUUUUGCAUGACAUUCAAUCUGGUAAGGCCAUGUUGUUGUUUACUGAUUCAAUGUUGAAAUUCAAUCUCUUUCAUGUUUUCACUCAUACUACUACACUUCACUCUACUGUAACUGUUCAUUGCCGCAAUCAUUUUUCUAAUUUAUCUGUUUCUGUUUCCAACACAAAUCAAGAUGACUCUUUUAUGUUAUCAAACAUCAUUAACUCAGCUGGGUUGUCCCCUGAAACAUCCCUUAAACUCUCUAAAAAGUUGAAACUUAGAAAAUAUGAUGAUGACUAUGAUGGCCCAAAUCCUGUAAUUCAACUUCUCAGAAACUAUGGCUUCUCUGCUUCCCAAAUAUCAACCCUUGUUAAGAAAAAACCUUUUGUGCUUUUAUCAAAAGUUGAAAAGACCCUUUUGCCUAAACUCGAGUUUUUGCUAUCCAUUGGGGUUUCAAUCACUGAUCUCCCCAAAAUCCUAAUUGGGAACACUGAUUUAUUAACAACAAGUUUGGACAAAAACAUUAUACCUCUUUAUCAGAUUAUUAGGAGCCUUGUUCGCAAUGAUAAAGAGGUAGUUUCAGUUUUGAAGCGUUGGACAAUGAACUUUUACACUGAUUCCAUGGUUCCAAACAUUGAGGUUUUGAGGAAUCAUGGUGUGCCUCAACGUUCCGUUUCCCUUUUGGUAUCAAAUUUCCCCAAUGUAGCAUUCUGCAAGCAUUCUAGAUUUGUUGAGGCUGUUAAUUUAGUAAAGGAAAUGGGGUUCAAUCCACUGAAGUCGAAUUUUGUUUUGGCAAUUCUAGUAAUUGCAAGGAUGGACAAAGAGACAUGGGAAUUGAAAUUGAAGAUUUUUGAGAGGUGGGGAUGGUCGGAAGAUAUCUGUCUUUUAGCGUUCCAAAAGUAUCCUCGAUAUAUGGCGACCUCGGAAAAAAAGAUUCAAAAAAUAUUGAGUUUCUUGGUGAACGAUAUGGGUUUUACACCAGACGACAUUGCUAGAUGCGCUGCCAUUCUGAACCGUAGCUUGGAGAAAACAAUUGUCCCUAGAUCUACAGUUAUUAAGAUUUUGAAGUCAAGGGGUUUGAUAAAGAGUAGUUUGAGCUUACAUAGCUUUAUUUCGAUUUCUGAGAAAAUAUUUUUGGAUAGAUAUAUUACCCCAUUUCAGAAAGAUUUGCCACUCUUAUUGGAUGCAUAUAAAGGUCAGAAUUCCAAUCGAUCAUAUGGAUUUACUCUUUACUCUGAAGACAUUUAUUAGAUGUAUCCGAUGGCAGAAGUUAUUACUUGUUACACCACUCACGUGCUAUCUUCAAUUCUACACAUUUGUUUGUUUUGUUUCAUUUGGAUUUGAAAUUCCCUAGAUACUCAAUUUUUAUAAGUUACAUUGUCUUCUUACUAUUUGGAUUAGUUAAUUUGAUCAUAUGGACAUGCCCUUUAGUCUUCUUGUUAUGAAGAUACCUAUGUAUUUUACACUAACCCUAUGCCUUAUCUAAGUUGUUAUAAUGGUAUAUAUGGAACUUGAUGAUCUUCUGGAA